UUUAUUUUGUGGUUUUGGGUUUAAAUUAGGCGUUUAGGUGUUCUCGGAAGAACAUAACAGAUGUUACGUUCCUUUUCAUCUUCACUUCACAAAGUUUCUCUUUUCAUGGCAUCGGAAAAACCUCAACGUCUUCACCAAACAGUUGCAGGAACCAACUUCCAGAACACAACAAAAAGGGCAAAAACCAUGGCCACUGCCACUGCAAAUGCAACAGAGUCUGCUAUGAAGGGACCUUUCACCAAUUAUGUUGAAUAUCUCAAUAACCUUAAUGAUAAACGGGAAAGAGUGGUGAAAGCAAGCCGUGAUAUAACAAUGAAUAGCAAAAAGGUCAUAUUUCAAGUGCACAGGAUGAGUAAACACAAUAAAGUGGAAGUACUUGAGAAAGCAGAAAAGGAUUUAGCUGCUGUGACAAACCAGUAUGUGUCUCGACUAGUCAAAGAACUGCAGGGAACUGAUUUUUGGAAGCUAAGACGGGCCUACUCACCUGGGAUACAGGAGUAUGUCGAAGCAGCUACGUUCUGCAGUUUCUGUAAAAACGGAACUCUUUUGAAGCUUGAUGAGAUGAAUGACACAUUGUUACCACUUAGUGACCCUUCUCUUGAGCCUCUGCAGAUAAACAUCCUUGAUUAUCUUUUAGGGCUUGCAGAUUUGACAGGAGAGCUCAUGCGGUUGGCUAUUGGUAGGAUAUCAGACGGUGAACUUGAAUUUGCUGAGAAAAUAUGCAGUUUUGCACGUGAUAUCUAUAGGGAGCUUACACUCGUCGUGCCACAUAUGGAUGAUAGUUCUGAUAUGAAAACAAAGAUGGAUGUCAUGCUUCAAAGUGUCAUGAAAAUAGAGAACGCUUGCUUUAGUGUUCAUGUGAGGGGGUCAGAGUAUAUUCCACUUUUGGGAUCAAAUGAUGCAAGUUCAUUCUUAGUAGGAGUUCAAGAUAUUGAACUAUGAGAUGAGUGAUAUUUACAAUGAUUUGCAGCGAAGACGAUAUGCGUGGUUGUCAUUUUAUUUUAAACGUUCAACAUUUCGCUUAAUGUUAUUAAGCUUGUUUUCUUAGUUUUCUCUUAGAUCCAAGAAACUUUGGCAUAAAAAUAGAAUUAUGCUACCAUAUGAAUAUUUUGGUUUUUUAAUCAGACACUAAUAUAGGUGUGUCCAAGCCUUGUUUUGAAAUGUAGGCAGUUCUAACUGAAUGAACCAUGAAUUAUCCAUAUCUUGCAUUUGUUUUA